AUGUCUCUUUUCCGGCUGAAAACGGUUUUUCCCCUGCUCGCGCUGGUCUCGAUCGGAUUCUUCUUCUGGUGCAUGGAACGCUAUGACCGGUCAGCUUUCCUGCGCUUCAAGAGCCCCGUUGAGCAUGUCAAUAUGGGAGGAAGCCAGACGCAACUGGGAACUUCUGCCCCGGGCACCACAGGUUCUGCUCCGUCCGCCAACACUUGCGAGGUCGAUCCCAAACUGGCUGCACCCCUUCCCUUCUCCGAAUGGCUUCCCCGCAAAAACUACACUCGCGCCUAUUUCCGCCCUCGCAUCGUCAGCCCCGACACGGACUUCCACACAAUGGAAGAAGUCACAAAACCAGUUCUCCCUCCCAUGAUUCAGAUGGAGCGUGGUAUGGUGGUCUCUCCCAAUAACGAGCAGGAGGACUUUGUCUGCCCGGAGAUCAUUGACGUGGACGUGGCUGCGGACGACGAUGUGGAAGAGACCUCAAAGCUCCUCUUUGGCCUGGCAACUACUGUGGAUCGCCUGGAUCGCCUUCUUCCCUCGCUUCUGUACACCUACGGCAACACCAAAGCUGGCUUACUGGUCCUGGUCCCCGAGUCUGACGACGAUCUCGAAAAGCAGGAAACCUACUUCCGGAACCGCGGACUGGACCUGACGUUGAAGGCCUCUCCUCUGGAUUUCACGGCGCGGUAUUUCGGUAUGGUCGAGGCUUUCUCGGAGCACAUUCGCAAACACCGCCCUCACACGACCUGGGUCGGAUUCAGCGACGACGACACCUUCUUCUUCUCUCUGCCCACGGUGGCCAAGGAGUUGAGGCUCUUUGACGAGAAAAAGAAGCACUACAUUGGCUCCUUGUCCGAGGCGAGCUGGCAAGUGGACACCUUCGGCCACAUUGCCUUUGGUGGCGCUGGUGUCCUCGUCUCCAAACCGCUGUUGGACGUGCUCUACGACAAGUAUGAUGAGUGUCAAUCUUGGGGGGAGCAACCGGGUGACCAGAAGCUUGGCCAAUGUAUCCAGCGCUUCGGCGAUACACAUCUCACACUGUGGCCGUCACUCUUUCAAAUGGACAUGACUGAUCCGGUAGAUGGUGUCUACGAAUCUGGUCGGCGAAUCGAGACCAUGCACCACUGGAAUUCCUGGUACACAAAGGAUGUGGUGAAAAUGACCGCCGUCGCCGCUGCUGCUGGGCGAAAGUCGGUGCUACGCCGUUGGAUCUUUGAUCAGAAGGAGACCGUCAACAAAGAGACUGGAGAGUCAAUCCGUACCUUCUGGGUGAUGACCAACGGCUACUCUUUGGUCAAGUACACCUACGGUCCGAACGUGGCAGAUGACGCGAUCAAUUUCGAUGCAAUGGAGAAGACCUGGCCCGAGGAUCCUCGAGGAUUCGAAAGUCGACUGGGUCCUCUUCGUCCCGCCGAGGAUGAAGGCAUUUCUAAGGACCGUUGGCUGCUCCACGAUGCCUUUGUGGUCGGUGAUAAUGUUCAUCAAUUCUACGUCCGGGAGGAGGAUGAAGGCCACAGCUUAAUCGAGAUUGUCUGGCUGGGGCCCAAAGGCGGCGGUGGUGGCGGUCUCUCCGAUCAUUACAUUCGUGGUACCUACCAGCAAUAA